AGCCCCCGCCCCCCCCCGCGUGGCCGGGCCCGCCGGCGGGGGGCGAAUGAGCGGCAGCGGCUGCGCCGCCGCCGUGCUCCCCGAGGGCUGGGUGGCAUGUCAAGAUGCUGAGGGCAGGCUCUAUUACGCCAACAAUGCCACAGGCAUCCGUGACUGGGUGGGGUAUUGCAUCGCCACGUUCUGGAGGUGAGACGAGCUGGGAACCGCCGGCGCCGCCGCUCGCGGAGGGCUGGGCGGCUAUGGUGGACGCCGAGGGCAGGACGUACUACGGCAACGCGGCCACUGGCGAGACGAGCUGGGAGCCGCCCGUCGCCGCCUCGGCCGAGGCUGGGCACGUCGCGCCCCAAGCGGAGCAGGAUGCGUGGGACGAGCAGAUCGUGAAGGCUGUCGAGAGGUGGUUCAUGGAGACCGAGAUGGAACGACUGUUCUUUGACGCCACCGCCUUCGCAGACCAGCACUGCGAGGCGGGCGCUGAACCCCUACUGAUGCCGCAGCCGCUGGAGCCACCAAGGGGAUGUCCGUCGCCCUAUCGGCGUGCCGUCCUUGCAGUCAGCAUUUUGGAAUAAGGCUCGAUUCGGUUUCGAAGUUGGCUCGAUGUUCUUCGAGUCCUUCUGUGGGCUUUCUUCCGGCGCUCGUGCAUGUAAGGUUCCUUACGUCAAGACUUUGACCGUGUGUUUGCGGAUGGUGUGACUUUGCCGUGUUUUGACUGGAUGUCUUUUCUGGCGGGUAUUCGCAGCAGCCUCGCUUGUCAUCUUAUUUUGUGCUAUUCAAGAUUGGCCUGGCCGAGCCCAGGUCAUCGCAGCAAGCCUAGAAGAAGGGACCUUCAAGCAUCGACUUCGCUGCCGAGAAUCGAUCUUUUCCGAAUUGCUCGCCCACGGAGAUCUCACGAAGGCCAUUGUUGG